AAUGUACUAACCUCGUGUGCGUAUCCCAGUUAUCUAUAUAUACAACACUUCUCCCCAGAUUGGUCCGAACCUCAACUCUAUCGAACUCUCUCAAACCCUAGCACAUUCCAGAAACACCAACACACACAAACACAUAAUUCUCCUUCUUUUUCUUUAUCUCUUUUAUUUAUUUUUAUUUCUCGUCUUCUGUUGAGUUUUUUUCUGUGGAAUUGGAUUGUGAAUGGUGGAAAUUUUUGUUGAGUUGUUGAUGAUCUCCCCUUACACAUCAAGGGGGGUGUCUGGUUCUGUUUCUGCUAUCUUCUCCUUUGGUUCUUGUAAAGAAGGCUGGUACUUUCGCUGCAUUGGCCUUGACCCCUGAAGAUUUUUCAGCCCAGUUCUUGUUUUUCUGUUUUUAAAGACGUGAACUAACAACCCUUGAUUGAUUUUUAGUGAAUUGUUUGGUAUUUGAUUGAUUUUGUGGCCCCUUGAUUGGAUUAUUUAUUUAUUUGUUGUGAGAAGAUGUUGUCUAAGCAGAAGAAGAAUCAGGGUGAUAAGAGGAACAGGCUGUUGGUGAGUGUGACUGUGAUGGGGAGUGCUGGACCGAUUCGAUUUGUGGUUCAUGAGGAGGAGCUUGUGGCCAAUGUUAUUGAUCAGGUGCUUAAGUGUUAUGCUCGUGAAGGGAGGCUCCCGGUGCUUGGAUCGAAACCGGAUAAUUUCGUGCUCUACUCUCCCAUUGCUGGAACUGAAGCAUUGAGCCCUGCGGAUACAAUUGGGUCAUUUGGUGUGCGGAACUUCAUGCUGUGCAAAAAGCCAGGGUUGGACAAGGCUAUUGAGCAAGAUGCAGCCCCGAAAAUGACUCGAAAGAGUUCUGGCAGCUGGAAGACAUGGUUUAACAAAUCUCUUAAUCUGAAGAUUUCUUCCCAUUGAAUUGGAGCAAGUGAUUGGAUCACUUGGAUAGGAUUUUGAAAUGAAUUUCGUUUCAUGUUCAAGAUUAUUUAUGUUCUUUUGUUAUCCUUUUUUUUCAAAGUUUCUUCUGUUUUGCGAGACCAACAAAUGAACCUUUCGCAAAGGUUUGUUUUAAAUUGUUUUGAUGUUACCAAAUAAAGCUGACAGACUUUUGGUUUGGCUAUCUGUUUUAAAUUUGUGGCUUACUUUUC